AGCACAGACAGAAGAGAGCAGGGAAACCAGCCAGGGGAGAAAAUGGAUCAGUUUAUUUCCUGUCAGGGAACUCAGAAGGGCCUUAAGGAAACCAGAAUACAGCAGGAAAUCUGCAGGGAAAGGCAAAAAAAUACAUGCGCUAAGUGUGGGAAAAACUGCACUUACAGAUCAGGCCUUUAUCAACAUCAGAGAAUCCACACAGGGGACAAGCCCUAUGAAUGCUGUGAGUGCGGGAAAACAUUCAGUCGCAGCUCACACCUUAUUGGGCAUCAGAGAAUCCACACGGGGGAGAGAUCCUAUGAAUGCCGUGAGUGCGGGAAAACCUUCAAUCACAGCUCGCACCUUAUUCAGCAUCAGAGAAUCCACAUGGGGGAGAGGCCCUUUGAAUGCCGUGACUGUGGGAAAACCUUCAGUCGCAGCUCUCACCUUAUUACCCAUCAGAGAAUCCACAGAAGCGAGAGGCCCUGCGAAUGCCCUAAGCCAGGCCUGCCCAACUCGUAAAGUGGCGAGGGCCACAUUACUCCAAAGAAAACAGCUGAGGGCCAAAACCCCCCAGCCCUGCGGAAACAGGCCCCCCCUCAGGACCUC